AUAUGUAUAUGUAUAUAUAUAUCACAAACAAAAAUGGCCAACAACAAGCAAAGCUCCAAGCCAGAAAAAAAAAAAAGUCUACUUCUGAAAUAUAAUUUCUGAGCAGUUUUUUAUUUAUUUAAUUUAUUCAAGUUAUUUGAUGGCAAUGGUGGAAAUUCAGCAGCAGAAUAACAGAAUUAGGUAUCCGGAAAUUGAUACGUCGAAUUUGAAUUUGAGCAGCAGCGGCAGCACGAGGAGCCAAAUUAUGGGGGAAUUGGAGGUGCCGAAAACGACGCCGUAUCUUGCUCUACAGGAUGACGUAAUGUUUGUGGCUUUGGGGAAGGAUGUUAAGGAAGGUGCCACUGUUUUAAUGUGGGCUCUGCAUAACUCCAGAGGGAAGAAGAUUUUCAUACUACAUGUUCAUCAACCUGCUCAGAAGAUGCCCAUGAUGGGCGGUAAAGUUUCAAUUAGCCUAGUGGAUGAAGAUCAAGUUAAAGCAUAUCAUGCAAAGGAGAGGUUGGAGAUGCACAAGAUUCUUGACAAGUAUACUCGAACUUGUGACCGAGCAGGGGUACGAGCAGAGAAGCUAUACAUAGAAAUGGACUCUAUUGAGAAGGGCAUAGUGCGGCUCAUAACCGAGCAAGGUAUUAAAUGGCUUGUCAUGGGAGCGGCAGCUAAUAAGCAUUAUUCAAGAAAAAUGAAGGAGCCCAGGUCUAAGAAAGCAACUCAUGUGUGUGCAGAAGCACCUAGUUCCUGUCACAUUUGGUUUAUAUGCAAAGGGAGCCUUAUACAUACGAGGGAAAGUAAAGUACAAGAAAGUCCAAAUGCCAAAGAAGUUGCACAUUCCUUGAGAUCCCGAUCAGGGGCAGAAGGGGAAAGCAAUCAAAUGGGGCUUCGAAGCACAGGAUUUAAUAACCGUAUGUUCAGUUCUGAAGAACCGCCCAAUGGCUUUGCAUGGAUGUCACCCGAGAGCAGUUUGAAUCGAGAAGGGAACUCUGACUGGGACAGCCUAUCGAGGGGAAGUCCUUCAGUAAAUUCACGUAUUUCAACAUGUUCUUCAAGUGAAAUAAUCGAGAAUUCGUCGGCCUUAAUCACUGUUCCAUGUACUCAGGAAAAUGAAAUCGGGUCUGGUUCACCUAUAGCUUCCACUGCUAUAGAAGGGAAUACGAAUGAUGAACUUUAUGAUAGGAUUGAACAAUUUAUGGUGGAAGCAGAAAAUUCGCGGAAAGAAGCAUAUGAGGAAUCAAUUAGGCGUAAGAAAGCUGAGAAAGAUGGCAUUGAUUUUAUUCGCAGAGCUAAAGCAUCCGAAGUAUUGUACGUGGAGGAGCUAAGACGCAGAAAGGAAAGCGAAGAAGCACUAGCAAGAGAUAGAAAGGAAACCGAGAGGUUGCAAUGGGAACUCAACGGAAUAAUGGAAGAACUCAGAGUUGCCCUAGACCAGAAGUACUCUCUCGAGUGUCAAAUAGCAGAUUCUGAUAGGAUGGUCGACGAAUUGGAGCAGAAAAUGUUUUCUGCUGUCGAUCUAUUGCAGAAGUACAAGCAAGAAAGAGAUGAAUUGCAGGUGGAUCUUGAUAAUGCCCUCAAGGUAGCCGAGGAGCUGAGAAAAAAACAAGCUGAGGUGGCAUCGAGUUCGUCUAAAUCUCAAUUCUUUUCAGAAUUUUUUUACUGGGAAAUUGAAGGGGCUACGAGCAACUUUAGCCAAUCCUUGAAGAUCGGUCAAGGGGUGUAUGGAAGUAUAUACAGAGGGAAUCUCCGGCACACACAAGUGGUUAUAAAAAUGCUACAUUCAGAUACCCUGCAAGGACCUUAUGAAUAUCAACAUGAGGUAAGUAUCUUGAGCAAGUUGAGGCACCCAAACAUAGUUACCCUCAUAGGAGCCUGCCCCGAAGCUUGGUCUCUUAUUUACGAAUAUCUUCCGAAUGGAAACUUAGAAGAUCGACUCAACUGUAAAAACAACACACCUCCAUUGUCAUGGAAAACUCGAAUCCGUAUAGCUGCAGAGCUAUGCUCUGCUCUCAUAUUUCUCCAUUCUUGUCGCCCAAACGGAAUUGUCCACGGUGAUCUCAAUCCAGGAAGCAUUCUCCUCGACGAAAACUUCGUGAGCAAGCUAUCCCAUUUCGGAGUUUCUCGAGAACUCAAUAAAGACAAAACUUCAGACAACAAUACAACACUAUGUCACAGGGCUGACCCGAAAGGAACCUUUAUAUACAUCGAUCCAGAGUUUCUCCUAACAGGAGAGCUCACUCCGAAAUCAGAUGUGUACUCUUUUGGAGUUAUAUUACUAAGACUGUUAACUGGAAGACCUGCAAUAGGGCUAACCAAUGACGUUCAAGUUGCGUUGGAUAAGGGGACUUUGAAAGAAGUGCUCGAUGCGGCAGCUGGCGACUGGCCGUUUGUGCAGGCGAAACAGCUGGCUCAUUUAGCACUCAGUUGCGCUGACAUGAACAGUGGGUUCCGCCCUGAUCUUGCUUCUGAGGUGUGGAGAGUGCUUGAGCCAAUGAAAGUUUCGUGUGGUGUAACAUCUCUGCGAUUUGGUUCUGAAGAGAGCCACCAUAUUCCAGCCUAUUUCGUUUGUCCCAUUUUCCAGGAAAUCAUGCAAGAUCCUGUGCUUGCAGCUGAUGGUUUUACGUACGAAUCAGAAGCUCUCAAGGGAUGGCUUGAGAGCGGCCAUGAUACUUCACCCAUGACCAACCUUAAACUUCCAAACUGUAACUUGGUGCCUAACCAUGCACUUCGAUCCGCAAUACAAGAAUGGCUACAACAAUCUUAAAGCUGUAUUCAUCUUCCACACGUUCUUUACCUUUUCUUUUUUCCCUCAUUUAUUUGUAAAGGUCGAUUUUAUAGGUGUAUAUGCACAUUGCAAGCUGUAUAGUACAUUGAAAUACGUAAUAGCGUAUAUCUUUUGUUUUGGGUUAUCGGUUCCCACUUUUCGGUUUUGUACUGCUCUACAGAGUGGCGAUAAUUGCCUGUGGAAAGGCUAUUGGUUUUUGUUUUGUUGUGUGAAUUGGUGACUGUUAUUGGAGGGUGAUGUGCCUGAACAAGUUUCCAGGUGGUUGGAAUUCUCCUUAGACUAUAUGUGAUGCCAAUAAUGUAAGAGACUGUGUGCUUAUGGAUUCUGUGUUUCCAUACUAGUGCUGCAUAAAGCCAAAUAUUAUUGUGCAGAUAACGUCGUUUCUCUUCGUGGAAAUACGAUUUAAACGUACAGCCUCAUUAGUUUAAUUUGUUUUAUUGAUUUGUAUUU